AUGGAAUCACAAAUGAAGAAUGACUUGGAGAAGGUUGAUGGAUUUUUGGUUUACAGACGCAAGAGAAGAAGAAGUACUUCUUCUUCAGAAGCUAUCACCAAGUCGAAAGCCCUUGAUACAAGAGUUCUUGACCAUGCUCCUCCAAUUGAUAGACCAAAUUCUACAAUCCCUGAUUGUGCUAUCACCCCACAACAAAUUCUCAAUGAUACCGUUGAUAAACUUAAGAUGUUUAGCAAAUAUUGCAUGGACUCAGUUUGCAACACUCAAAACCGCUAUAAGGGUACAACAACAAUGGUGAAAAAACCGCCACAACAAUUUUGUUUGGGCUCAAUUAGCAACACUCAAAACGGCUACAAGAAUACAACAAUAUUAGAGAAAUCGAAUCCACCAAAGUCUCUAGACAAAAUCAAAGAAAAAACAUCUGUUAAGAUUGAGGCAAGCCAGAAGAAAAAAAUGGCUUUGAAGGACAAAGGGAAGAAGCCCAUUCCAAAGCAACACUCUAAUAUUCAAAUCAUAGAGUUUGACAAAUAUGUUGGAUUGAAUGAUGAUUUAAAAUUUAGAAAAGGGGCAUAUGCUCCACAUCCAUCUUUUAUGGGUAUGUUUGGCCAGAAUAAGAGCACUCCUAGUUCAUCAUAUCUAAAGACGGAUUCUGCUUUGAAUUCAGGUCUAAUAUCUAGACCUAAAAUUACUGAUGCAACUACUUCAGAGAGGUCUUCAGGGUUUCAGAGAUAUAAACAAAAUGCAGAUUCUUGGACCGAGAUGGAACUUGAUUGUUUGUGGGUCGGCAUUCGCAAAUACGGUCAAAGAAAUUGGAAUGCGAUAUUGGCCGACCCACGUAUGAUUCUCUUGCGGAAGAGAACUCCGCAAGAGCUAUCAGCAAGAUGGGACCAAGAGGUCCUAAAGAUCUUUCCAACUGCACAAGCAUUACCAAUUAGAAGAGUGCAUGAAGAGGUGAAAAACCAAAGUGUAAGUAAGAGUACUAUUGACAUCAACAUGCCUUCCCAAAAUUAUUGUACCUUGGAUUCUCAUAAUCAGUUACCUAUUUUUAUAAAUGUUAAUUCUUCUUUGACUCAAAUGCUUAAUAGUACUCCUCAGAAGGCUUCAACUGAAAUUGAGAGUAGAAAGAUGCAUCAUUCUUCUUCUUCUUUAAUGCUGCUUCCUCCUGCGGUAGAGAUGGAUGGUGCUGGUAGAGAAAAUGGUAACUCCAAGGAAAAUCCUAUAGAGAUAGAAUGAAUAUGGUUGCUGACUUCAACAAAUUGUCAACUUUUAUUAAACUUAGUGUCAUAGAUUUGAUUAUAUCAGUGGUUGGUUGAUGUAUUGGUUUAAACUCUUAGAACAAAGUUGAGGCUGCAAAACAAAGAUAUGAUGUUUAUUUGAUACUUA